AUGAACUCUUGCAAUGGAAGGACCUUGACAUCCGGAAGACGUGCAUCCGGAUUUGUACUAGAAUCAUGUGAUCAUCAAGUGCACAUAGACUUACCUGGUCUCGUUGAAUGUGACAACAUUCCUGACAAUAGACACGAGAUUCCGUCACCGGAAGUCACUAGGUAUCAUCGUCACCUGUGUGACAUUGACCUUUACAGUUUGGACCAUAAUUGUCAAAUCCUGUUGCUUCUUGGUAGAGACGUACCUUAUGUGCACCACAUUCUUGACCAGAGGACUGGUCACCCUGAUGCUCCUAUUGGACUUAGAUCUCCACUAGGAUGGACUAUCGUCGGUGAUGUGUGUGUAGGAUCUCAACAUGGCCCAGUCAAUGUGUACAAAACAUACGUGUUGUCCAGUGGACGACCUUCCCUUCUACAUCCUUGCGAGAACAAGGUAAACAUCAAGGAGCUGCCUACGCCAAGUGUACCCUGUAGACAAUCUUUAGACUACUCAGGUCACAAUGUUUUCGCACUAACACCUCAUGACAAUAAGCAAGGAUUAUCCACGGAGGAUAGGGCCUUUCUACAGGAGAUGGAAAAAGAGUUCAAGAAAAAUAGUGAAGGGAAUUGGGAAGCCCCACUUCCAUUUAAGGAGCAACGGCCAUUGUUACCAAACAAUCGGGUCAUGGCCUUGGAGAGGGCCAGGAGAUUUGACACUAGUUUGAGAAGAGAUCUCGUCAAACAGAAACAUUUUUUCGAGUUUAUGCAGAAACUAUUUGAUAGCAAGCAUGUUGAGAUUGCACCACCAGUCAAACAGAAUGAAGAAGUGUGGUAUUUACCCGUUUUUGGCGUAUACAAUCCCCACAAGCCUGACCAGAUCCGUGGAGUGUUCGACUCCUCGGCUACAUUUCAUGGACUUUCCUUGAACAAUGUCUUGAUGUCUGGUCCGGACCUUAACAACAGUUUGCUUGGAGUGCUCAUCAGAUUCCGCAAGGAACCAAUAGCCAUAACAGCCGACAUCCAACAAAUGUUCCACUGUUUUUAUGUAAGACCAGAUCACAGGAACUAUCUUAGAUUUUUCUGGCACCAUGAAAAUGACGUUAACCAAGAGCUUAAGGAGUAUAGAAUGAGAGUCCAUGUAUUUGGAAACAAACCCUCACCCUCGGUAGCUACAUAUGGUUUACACAGAACAGCUUUAGAUGCUAGAGACUCAUUUGGACCUGAUGUCACCGACUUUGUUCUAAACCACUUCUACGUAGAUGACGGAUUAAUCUCCCUACCUUCUGUCGACCAGGCUGUCGAUUUUUAA